GGUGGUCGGGAGGUCGCGCAGGGUGCGUGAGGAGCAGACCGGCCGCAAGACGGAGAGCGCGCGGCAGCCGGGGCCCGUGCCGCGCGCCGCGGGGCGGACUGCGGUCCCCCCGAGGCGGCGCUGGGUCCCUCCAUCAUCGCUGCGGCUCCACGAGGCGGCCGACGCGGACGCCAAGUACGACGGCAUCUUCCGGAAAGUGCGCGGCAUUCUGAACAAGUUGACGCCGGAGAAGUUCCAGAAGCUCAGCGAUGACUUGCUCGGCCUGGAACUGGACUCGGACAAGGUGCUGAAGGGAGUGAUCCUGCUCAUCUUCGAGAAAGCCCUGGAUGAGCCUAAAUAUUCAUCGAUGUACGCGCAGCUCUGUAAGCGUCUCAGCGAGGAGGCGCCCAACUUCGAACCGCCCGGGCAGCCAUGUACAUUCAAAUUACUGCUGCUGAACAAGUGCCGCGCGGAGUUCGAGAACAGAGCCCAGGCAUUCGCCGCGUUCGAGGAUAAGGUCCUGAGCGGCGAGGAAGAGGAGAAGCGACACAUCUCCAAGUGCAAGAUGCUGGGCAACAUCAAGUUCAUCGGCGAGCUGGGCAAGCUGGAGAUCCUGGCGGAGUCGAUCUUACACCGCUGCAUCCAGAACCUGCUGGCGCGGCGCGCGGCCGCCGAGCAUCACGAGGAUCUGGAAUGCCUGGCGCAGCUCGUGCGCACCUGCGGCCGUGUGCUGGACUCGGAGCGCGGCCGCGGUCUGAUGGACCAGUACUUCGCGCGUAUCGAGACGCUGUCCACGUCGCGGGAGCUGGCUCCCAGGAUCCGCUUCAUGCUGCGCGACGUGGUCGAGUUGCGCCGCUCCGGCUGGAUGCCGCGCACCGCCGUCUCUGCUGAGGGGCCGGUGCCGAUCCACCAGCUGCGGCCGGACCAGUCGCCGCCGGCGCGGCGCGAGCGCGAGCGGGACGGUCUGUUCCGCGGCGGGCUGCGGUCGCGGCCGCUCGACGACGUGCUGGCGGGGCUCAGCCUCCAGAACGCGGCGCCGCUGGUGUCGGCGCCCGACAAGCUGUUCGGCAACGGCUUCCCGCGCGACGCCUUCCGCCAGCGGUCCGCGCCCUCCUACUUCCCGCGCUCGCACUACAAACAGGGCGGAGGCGGAGGCGGCGGUAACGUGAACGGCGGCGGCCGCGCCGGCGGCGGCGGCAAGGCCCGCGCGGUGGCGGCGGGCGGGCUGGAGAACGUCCAGAUGCGGCCGGCCGCCAACUCGCUCAUGUUCUCGGCCGCCACGGCCCGCGCCGCGCGCACCGCCGCGCCGCCCACCGCCGCGCCCGCGCUGCCCACCUUCCCGCCGCCGCUCAUCCACAUCCAUCGCCAGGAGCCCGCCAUCACCAUCAAGGCCGCGCCCGACAAGAAGGACAAACCUAAAAAAGAUAAGGGAAUGAACAAAGAGGAAGCGUGUCGACUCGCCAUCGAAGCGGUCACGGAGCUCGCGACAGCGGAGGCGGACGCGGACGCCGAGACGGCGGUGGACGGCGAGGGCGAGGCCGAGAUGGCGGACGAACGGAGCGAGGCGGUGCGGCGGCUGCGCGCGCUGGAGCUGCCCGACAAGCUGCUGCGGCGCGUCGUGGCGGCCGUGCUGGAGCACGCGCUGGGCGCGCCGGCCGACGGCCCGGGGCAGCCGGCCGCCGCAGCGCUGGCGGCGGCCGCGUGCCGCGUGGUGCGCGCCGUCAAGAGGGCGCCCGCCGCCGACGCCGUGCGCGCGCUGCUGGCGCACCAGGUGCCUGCCGACCGCCUGGCGCAGCUGCUGGCGCACGCCGUGCUGCACAAGCUGGUGAGCCUGGCGGAGCUGGGCGCGUGGUGCGAGGGCGGCGCGCACCACCCGCUGCUGCUGGACGCGCUGGCCGCGCUGCGCGACGCGGCGGGCGCCGAGCGCCUGCGCCAGCUGUUCGCCGACAGCAAGCUGGACCUGUGCGCGCUCGUGCCGUCCACAGACCUGCAGGCGCUGGACGCGCGCGGGCUCGCCGUGCUGGCGCCGGCGCUGCACGCGCGCGCGCGCCUGGCCACGCAGCUGGCGGCCGACCCCGCGCCGCAGGCGCUGUGGGGCUGGGUGCGCGGCGAGGUGGAGGCGGCGGUGCGCGGGUCGGGCGCCUUCGUGUCGGCGCUGGUGGGGCUGGUGGCCGACCACGUGACGGCGGCGGCGGGCGGCGCGCCCGAGCGCGAGGCGCAGCUGCUGGCGGGCUACGCCGCGCUGCUCGUGGCGCUCACGGACCGCCGCCCCGACCUGCAGCUGGCCGCCGUCUACGCGGCGCAGAUGCACGCGCACAAGCACCGCUACCCCAAAGGAAUGUUGCUGCGCUGGUUCAUGUAUCUAUACAACCUGGAAGUGUGUGAGGAGGACGCGUUUCUACGCUGGCGCGAGGACGUUACUGACGCCUACCCUGGAAAGGGGGAGGCGCUCUUCCAGGUGAAUGCAUGGCUGACAUGGCUACAGCAGCAGGAAUCUGAAGACGAGGAGGUGGAGGAGUGAGCUCCGCGGUUUACAUAUUUUCUUUGCGCUCAUCUCCUUUGUAAUUAAGCCAAAUAGUUGAAUACCGACCGCCCUCUCCAGUGUUAUAAAUAGGUCAAUUUUAGGUUAUACUAUGUGAAGGAACGUUAGUUGAACGAGAUAAUUUUUUGUAGGCCUUUUACUCGAUUUUGAUACUUUUACAAAUGUAUACAAUGUGUAUAGUUGUCUGUUCGUUUGAACGUAUGAUUGCACUCCGCCGAAUUUGCUGCGCUCCUCCUCAUCCAUCACCAGUGAGUGUAUUUUAGUUGAAAUUGUAAAAUAUUAUAUAAAGAAGGACUUAAAUCAAUUUUUUUAUUUUAUUAAAUCAUCAUCAUUUAUUGUCAAUAAAUAUUAAAUGAGUGUAGUGAUUAAACUGUAAGAAUGCUUAAAUUUCAUUGUAUUUGUAUUAAUAGAAUUUUGUAUCUAGGUAAUUGAGAACUGUUUCUGUAUGUUGAUCGAGUUUGAGUGAAUAUAACAAAGUUGUAAACUGUGUUGUCGGAUUAAGUAACAAUUGUCAUAAUAUGUAUUAUUCACAAUGAGAAUAAAAGUUCAGUGUAAUUUAUUA